AUGCGUAACACUGACAUCACAUUCCUUUACGUACUUUGUCUGCUUCUGGCCAUUGCGGGCAGCCGUGUAGCCCGAGGUUUAAUUGUGCCCUCAAUUCCGGCAGCUCGUGCGAAAGGAGCACCAAAGCAAUCGUUCCGCAUCUUGGAUACAGCAAGAAGAUCCCUCGGGGAACCCAUUUGCGAAUACAAGCAAGUAGAGAUAACAACUUCACAAAAAGGACCACCUCAGCAGAAGAUUUCUGUGGAAGACUUGACGCCCAUCCUGCAAGAGUUGCUCCAACACAGUGGUCUGCAGCAGGGUGUCGUUAACGUGAUAAGUCGGCAUACUACCACGGCGAUUGUUCUGAAUGAACGCGAAGCGCGUCUCGCACGAGAUAUGGAAGAAUACUUUUUGCGAUUGGCUCCACCGGACGAGCGCUCCGAUUCGGUCCACCGUCAAAAGGGCGUCCGAUACUACCACAACGACAUUGACCAGCGCCCCGAUUCACAGGAGGAGACCCAGCGGUGCCGGGAUAACGGUUGGGAUAUUGAUCAGCCUCAAUCGCUGCAGGCGUGGCGUGAUCAAGAACCGAUCAACGCACAUUCCCAUAUUCUCAGCAUGCUGCUGGGCUCGUCGGAAAGUAUACCGGUAGUGGAUGGGGUUAUGGUAAUUGGACAGUGGCAGUCUGUUUUGUUGGUAGAUUUGGACGGUCCUCGCGAUCGUACCGUAGGCGUACAAUUUCUAGGCUAUUGCUAG